AGUAUAAAGCUGACUUCCUCCGCCAGCCAUUAGAGGACUAGUAUCAUUUGUCAAUAAAGAACCGAGCGAUUUAUGGCGUACCAAUACGGACAGGGACAGGGUUAUCAACAGCCCCAAGGAUAUAACAAUCCUCCUGCAAGACCCCCACCUCCAAAUCCAAACCAACCAAACUUGAGUCAAAUUUUUCAAGCAGUUGACAAGGACCGUAGUGGAUUUAUCAAUGCACAGGAAUUACAAAGCGCCUUAUCAAAUGGAACUCAUAUCCCUUUUAAUGAGGAAACUAUAAAACUUAUGAUUUCGAUGUUCGAUAGCAGUAGAUCUGGCCAAAUUAACUUUGAAAAUUUUCAACGUCUAUGGGCGUAUAUAAAUCAAUGGCAGCAAACUUUUAGAGGUUUUGAUCGGGAUAAUUCUGGGUUUGUCGAUCAAAAUGAACUAGCCCAAGCAUUUCAACAAUUCGGCUAUCGAUUUAGUCAAGAUUUUAUAGGACUAUUAAUGAGAAAAUUCAAUCGUCACAAUGGUAAAAUGGCAUUCGACGAUUUUAUACAAUGCUGUGUGGCUGUUCAAUCGUUAACUUCUACAUUUGCAUCGAAAGAUUCGCAAAGAAAAGGCCAAAUCACUGUUGGCUUUGAAGAAUUCCUAUCAAUGAUAUUUAGCGUUCGUACGUAG